UUUGAGAUGUACACGUCAUAUACUUAGAUGUGGCGUUUUUUCGCUGUAUUAGCAGAUCUGUUCUUUUAUGGAUCUAUAAUCUGUGUUUCACUGCUGUGUUUUAAACGAGUUUUCUUGUCGCCUGCUGCUUCCAGCGUUCGGUUAUUGGAUCUGUCGGCCGGAAUGGAUGUGGAUGCUGUUCGCCAGUCCCUGUCCGACGCUGGUCAGGGCCAUGUACUACGGUUCUGGGAUGAGCUGUCCUUGGACCAGCAAUCCAGCCUCCUGGAAGAUCUUAAGGGCUUGGACUUCUUAGAGCUUAAUGACUUCUUUCGUAAGGCUAUGGAUUCGUUCUCCGUCUCGUCCAGUCAACAGAAAGUGGAUUCCAGGAUGGAGGCUGUGCCCAGAGAGGUCCUUGGCAGUGUGACCCGGGACAGGGAGGACAUAAAGGACUGGGAGACUCAAGGCUUUUUGCAGAUUUCUAGGGGUAAAGUGGCAGUCCUGUUGCUAGCUGGAGGGCAAGGAACCCGUCUGGGUGUGUCGUAUCCAAAGGGAAUGUAUGAUGUGGGUCUGCCAUCUCACAAAAGCCUCUUCCAGAUCCAAGCUGAACGUAUACUGAAACUGGAGAGGUUGGCAAAGGAUCUCUAUGGCCAGCAAUGCACGAUUCCUUGGUACAUCAUGACCAGUGGACGUACCAUGGAAUCCACGCACGAAUUCUUUAAGAAACACAAAUAUUUUGGACUGAAUGAAGAGAACGUCAUUCUCUUUCAACAAGGCAUGCUGCCAGCUAUGGACUUUGAGGGCAAGAUUCUUAUGGAAGAAAAGGGGAAGCUCUCUAUGGCACCAGAUGGUAAUGGCGGUCUGUACAGGGCAUUGGGUGCCUAUGGUAUACUGAAAGAUAUGGAGAAGAGAGGAAUAGAGUACAUACACGUAUACUGUGUGGACAACAUUCUGGUAAAGGUGGCAGAUCCUAUAUUUAUAGGCUUCUGUGUGACGAAGGAAGCAGACUGUGGGGCCAAGGUGGUAGAGAAGAUGAACCCCACAGAGCCAGUUGGUGUGGUUUGCCGUGUGGAUGGUGUGUAUCAGGUCGUGGAAUAUAGUGAGAUCUCGCUGACCACUGCUCAGGCUCGUGGUACGGACGGCCGACUUAUGUACAAUGCUGGCAACAUUGCCAACCACUUCUUCACUCGACGGUUUCUGCAGCAAGUUGUAGAGGUUUAUGAACCUCGGCUUAAACACCACGUGGCACUCAAGAAAAUUCCAUAUGUGGAUUCACACGGUUCACUAAUUAACCCCGAUAAGCCAAACGGAGUAAAGAUGGAAAAAUUUGUAUUUGAUAUCUUUCAGUUUGCAGAGAAGUUUGUCGUGUUCGAGGUUCUGCGCGAGGAUGAGUUUUCACCUCUGAAGAACGCCGACAGCCAAAACGGGAAGGAUAACCCCAGUACUGCCCGCCAGGCCCUCAUGUCAUUGCAUCACUGCUGGGUUUUGAAUGCUGGCGGACAUUUUGUUGAUGAGAACGGAACCAGACUUCCAGCCAUCCCCCUCCAUGGUAGCAGAGUGUAUGGAGCGGCGCCGGAUCAUAUCCACAACAACAUGAAGGAUGUUGGUGACCUACCAAUCCAGUGUGAAAUCUCACCUUUGAUAUCCUAUGCUGGAGAGGGCUUGGAACCAUACGUGCAGAAUAAAGAAUUCCAAACGCCACUAACAAUAGAUGAAAAUGGAGCCCAUCAGCUGUUGAAGAAUGGCAACGGUCUAUAGAAUUUACGAACAUGAAGAAUAAUAUUUAAUAAUGGUGGUUGGUGGCUUUGAGGUACUUGAAUUGUAUAAAUUGCAUGGGUCUUCCUGGACAAUUCCUACCAAUACUGUAACUAUCUAUUUUUAAAUGCCAAAAGAUGAAGGAAAUGUAUGCAUAUUUAUGAUUAUCCUAUUUUCAUUGUAAGGAAACGUUUUUUUAACAUUGUGUAUAUAGCAAACUCCUCUACACUUAAAUAUUUUAUUGGUCCUGUGCAUUUUUCUUAACUUUUUUGUAAUAAAUUGUCUGACUCAUUA